GCGGGACGCGGCUGCGGUCAGAGGAGCGGGAGGAGGUCCCCCGACAUGCCUGAGGCAAAACCAGCGGCCAAAAAGGCCCCUAAGGGCAAAGAUGCCCCCAAAGAAGCCCCCAAGGAGGCUCCCCCUAAGGAGGCUCCUGCAGAGGCCCCCAAAGAAGCCCCACCCGAGGACCAGUCCCCGACUGUAGAGGAGCCUACUGGCAUUUUCCUGAAGAAGCCAGACUCUGUAUCAGUGGAGACUGGGAAGGACACAGUAAUUGUGGCCAAGGUGAACGGGAAGGAGCUUCCGGGCAAACCGACCAUCAAGUGGUUCAAGGGGAAGUGGCUGGAGCUGGGCAGCAAGAGUGGAGCCCGCUUCUCCUUCAAGGAGUCCCACGACUCCGCCAGCAAUGUGUACACCGUGGAGCUGCACAUCGGGAAGGUGGUACUGGGGGAUCGUGGGGAUUACCGCCUCGAGGUCAAAGCCAAGGACACCUGCGACAGCUGUGGCUUCAACAUCGACGUGGAGGCACCCCGUCAGGAUGCCUCUGGGCAGAGUCUAGAGAGCUUCAAGCGUAUGGGUGAAGGGAAGUCGGAUACUGCAGGUGAGCUGGAUUUCAGCGGCCUGUUGAAGAAGAGGGAGGUGGUGGAGGAAGAAAAGAAGAAGAAAAAGAAAGAUGACGAUGACCUAGGCAUCCCCCCGGAGAUCUGGGAGCUCCUGAAAGGGGCAAAGAAGAGCGAGUACGAGAAAAUCGCCUUCCAGUAUGGCAUCACCGACCUCCGGGGCAUGCUGAAGCGACUGAAAAAGGCCAAGGUCGAGGUCAAGAAGAGUGCAGCAUUCACAAAAAAGCUGGAUCCAGCCUACCAAGUGGACAGAGGCAACAAGAUCAAGUUGAUGGUAGAGAUCAGCGACCCAGACCUGCCCCUCAAGUGGUUCAAGAACGGCCAGGAGAUCAAACCAAGCAGCAAGUACGUGUUUGAGAACGUUGGUAAGAAGCGAAUCCUCACCAUCAACAAGUGCACGUUGGCGGAUGACGCUGCCUAUGAAGUAGCUGUGAAGGAUGAGAAGUGUUUCACUGAGCUCUUCGUCAAAGAACCUCCAGUCCUGAUUGUCACACCUCUCGAGGACCAGCAGGUGUUUGUGGGUGACCGGGUGGAAAUGGCAGUGGAGGUGUCAGAAGAGGGUGCCCAGGUGAUGUGGAUGAAAGAUGGUGUGGAACUGACUCGGGAGGAUUCCUUAAAGGCCCGGUACCGCUUCAAGAAGGACGGGAAGCGCCACAUCCUCAUCUACUCAGAUGUGACCCAGGAGGACGGGGGUCAUUAUCAGGUCAUGACCAAUGGCGGCCAGUGUGAGGCCGAGCUGAUUGUGGAAGAAUGCAUGAUAAUCUCCAUGACGCCCGGAGAGCAUCGUGCUGUCCAGGGCUUCCUGGCAAUAGCUCUUAGUGGGAUGUUCCACAAGCUGGUGAUCGAUGACGUCCGCCCAGAGGAUGAGGGAGACUACACGUUCGUGCCUGACGGCUACGCCCUGUCGCUCUCGGCCAAACUCAACUUCCUGGAAAUCAAGGUGGAGUACGUUCCCAAGCAAGAACCACCAAAAAUCCACUUGGAUUGCUCCGGGAAGACCUCAGAGAAUGCGAUUGUGGUUGUGGCUGGAAACAAGCUGAGGCUGGACGUGACCAUCACAGGGGAGCCCCCUCCCGUCGCCACUUGGCUGAAGGGAGAUGAGGUAUUCACGACCACCGAGGGCAGGGUCCGCAUCGAGAAGCGGGCGGACUGCAGCAGCUUUGUGAUUGAGAGCGCGGAGCGGACAGACGAGGGCCGCUAUACCAUCAAGGUCACCAACCCCGUCGGCGAGGAUGUGGCUUCCAUCUUCCUGCGGGUUGUGGAUGUCCCAGACCCCCCGGAGGCCGUGCGUAUCACCUCGGUUGGAGAGGAUUGGGCCAUCCUUGUCUGGGAGCCACCUAAGUACGAUGGGGGGAAGCCGGUCACCGGGUACCUCCUGGAGCGGAAGAAGAAGGGCUCUCAGCGCUGGAUGAAGCUGAACUUUGAGGUCUUCACGGAGACCACCUAUGAGUCCACCAAGAUGAUCGAGGGCAUCCUGUAUGAGAUGCGUGUCUUCGCCGUCAAUGCCAUAGGGGUCUCCCAGCCCAGCAUGAACACCAAGCCUUUCAUGCCUAUUGCACCCACGAGUGAACCCCUGCACCUGAUAGUGGAGGAUGUGACAGACACCACCACCACACUCAAGUGGAGGCCUCCGAACAGGAUCGGGGCAGGCGGCAUCGAUGGGUACCUGGUGGAGUACUGCCUGGAAGGCUACACCCACCUGGCUGUGCCCUCAGACAGCGCCACGAUCCCUGCUCCUCUGUGCCAGCCUUGCAGGAGAGCAGAGCUUGAGAGCGUGCUGGAGUCAGAAAAGGCUGGGCCCCCUAUAAACGUGAUGGUGAAGGAGGUGUGGGGCACGAACGCGCUGGUGGAGUGGCAGGCCCCCAAAGAUGAUGGGAACAGUGAGAUCACGGGGUAUUUCGUCCAGAAAGCAGACAAAAAGACCAUGGAGUGGUUCAACGUGUAUGAACGUAACCGGCACACUAGCUGUACUGUGUCCGACCUCAUCGUGGGCAAUGAAUACUAUUUCCGAGUUUACACUGAGAACAUCUGUGGGCUCAGUGACUCACCUGGUGUCUCCAAGAAUACGGCCCGCAUCCUCAAGACAGGAAUCACCUUAAAACCGUUCGAGUAUAAGGAGCAUGACUUCCGGAUGGCUCCCAAGUUCCUGACGCCUCUCAUAGACCGGGUGGUCGUGGCUGGGUACUCGGCGGCUCUCAAUUGCGCUGUCAGAGGCCACCCAAAGCCGAAGGUGGUCUGGAUGAAGAACAAGAUGGAAAUCCGCGAAGAUCCCAAGUUCCUGAUGAACAAUUACCAGGGGGUCCUGACGCUGAACAUCCGCCGCCCCUCGCCCUUCGACGCUGGGACUUACACCUGCCUGGCCGUCAACGAGCUGGGCGAGGCGCUGGCUGAGUGCAAGCUGGAGGUCCGAGUGCCGCAGUGAGACCUAUCCACUACCUGCCGAGACAGUUGGUGGCGGAGUCCUGACCCCAAUCCCCAGCCUCCCGGGACUGUGUUCUUUCUGGAGUUUUUGCUGAGAACAAAAUAGUGUUGUCUGGA